AUGGUGUCUUUCUGGCCCUGGAAGGGCGAUGACAACUCCCCUGCCUCCUUCGAAAAAGCACUGGCUAGCUUGUACACUCGAAUCGCUGAAGCCACCACGCGCCUAGACCAACAACGCUCAAAGUCGCGGCGCUUCAAGGCUCUUUGGACACUCUACUCGACAUUCGCUUACCUUUUCUACUCGAUCGGCAUCGCCCUGGUGCUAGGAUGGAAGAGCUGGGGUUUUAAGGAGUACGCCGCGAUCUCCGGCGGUCCGGUGCUUAUCUACGGUGUACGCACGCUAGGUGCUCUCUUUUUCGACUACCGUAUCUCUAGAACCCAGCGUGGCCUGAACGAACUGCAGAAACAGCGCGAUGACACGAUCGAGAAGCUCAAAGUCGCCACCAAAUACAACUCUACGCAGCAGCUGCUUGAGAAGUAUGGUGGUGAAUCUCCUUCAAAGACUCCCAGCCCGAAACCACUCGAGAAGCGUAAGCUGGUAAUGCCCCAGCAACCUGUAGGCCGAACAGGGCUGUCUCCUCCUCCCACCGCGAACAUUCGACGAGCUCCAAGCCAGCAAUUCUACGGGCUGGAAAACACUCCUUCUCGUUCUCCUGCCUAUCAGACUCCUAUUGAACCACAACAACAACAACAACCACACUCUCUUUCACCCCACGCUCCUUCUCCCCCUAUCUCACAACCACAGACCGACGAACCCGGCUUUGCACCAAAUGCUUUCCCCACCUCGGCACCGCAAGAACAACCAAAUUGGUACGACCGUCUUUUGGAUGUCUUACUCGGCGAGGAUGAAACACAGCCCCGGAACCGCAUGGCUAUGAUCUGUCACAGCUGUCGCUUGGUGAAUGGUCAAGCCCCGCCAGGCAUUAACACGCUCCAGGAGCUUGGCCGCUGGCGAUGCGGCGGUUGUCAAGCGUGGAAUGGUGUUGAAAGCGAGACCACCAAGCUGCUGUCAAGCUUGCGCCAUAAUCGGAGCCAGAGCCAAGGUAAAGAUGUGUGUACGCAUAGCCCGGUUAUGGAUGCGCAGUCUGAUGGCCCGGAUGACGGGGCCAUGGUUGAAUCUAGUGAUGGUGAACAAAGUGCCGAGCGUGAGUCCGAGUCUGAGGUCGAGGCUCAAUCUGAUCAGCCUGAAGAGGCCAAACCUGAACUACGGCGUUCAAAGCGAGGCAAGAGCGCGCAGUAG